GGGUUUUCGGAUGAGAUCAUUAUAAUGACUUCGUUACAAAAACCACGGAAGAUAUUGAUACGUGGAUCUGAUGGAAAAGAUUAUCCGUUUCUUUGUAAACCUAAAGAUGAUUUAAGAAAAGAUGCUAGAUUGAUGGAAUUUAAUUUGAAGAUCAAUAAGCUUUUGAAAAAAGAUUCUGAAUCGAGAAAACGUAAUUUGCAUAUUAGAACAUAUGCUGUAGUCGUCUUGAAUGAAGAAUGUGGUUUAUUAGAAUGGGUUCCACAUACUCUUCCACUUUGA